CUGAAUAAUUUAGCCAGACCGUCUUCUGCAACUCACACACCAAUAGCAGGCAGUCUUGCCCGCUCUCCUAUUGAUGAUACUGCUGUUGUGGAAGUUGAAGAAGCCCAAGAACAACCAGAUCGCAGAGAAAUGGACAGAGUAAGUUCGAAAGAAAUGGAAAAGCGCCCAUCUGCUGAAUCAGCAAAAGUACGACAAAGGCGUUCUAGACGAGACUACGAACCUCAACUCAAAACAGCAGGUCUUUCAAGAUUUGACAGUUUUUUUUUCUCGGGUACACUGAUUUGCUUGAUUCUGUCGACUAGUGUUUCUAUUCUUCAGAAAGCCCUCCCUCAGGGAUACUUUCGCCAAGGGCUGAGCGUAGAGAUAAGUCUAGGAGGUCCUUGAAAGAGCGACUUCAAAAGGAACAGCGGAGAGAAGAUUCCAAAGAAUCAGACCGGAGAGACUCGAGGGAAAUCAUUAGACGGUUGUCUUUCGAACCAGGUGAGAGGUUUUUUUUUUUUUGAAACUAUCAAGAAUUUCUAGUUAUAUUUCGAAAUUUGAUAG